CCCAUUUUCAUGUUAAAACUGUAAAAAUACAGGACAAGUUUAAGUUUAUUCGUUUCUUUACCCAUACUCCAAUUUGAUUUCAAGUAUCCAACAGCAGUAUAAAAUCGAGAGGACAUGAAAAGAGUACAGACAAAGAAGAGAAUUGUUCAAAUGAUGAAUGGUGGUGCAGAUCACAACGACGCAGAUAAAGGUUUACUCUGGAAGCUUCCAGUAAUGAAGACUAGUCAAUUCGGCAAAAUUGGUCCUGCUUUCGGUGUCGGAGCCGGCUGUGGUUUCGGCUUUGGUCUCGGCCUUCUCGGAGGUAUAGGAUUAGGUCCUGGAAUUCCUGGACUGCAGUUAGGUUUUGGCAUGGGCGCCGGAUGUGGUGUGGGUUUAGGUUUCGGUUAUGGCAUUGGCAAAGGAGUUGCUUAUGAUGAGAGCAGAAGAUACUCUAAUAUUGCAAGGCCUUUUAGUGGGUCAUAUGUUCCAUCUAGAGAUGAUGUAAAUGCACUGGUUGAUGACCUUGUCAUUAACACAAAGAAGCUAAUGGAUGCAGCAUCUAAGGAAAUCGAUAAAUGGAGACGAUAAACACGCGUGUACCAGCUAUCUGUGCAGGUACUGAGAAUCUUGUCAUGCCGUCUUACUAAUUCGUUUUGGAGUGGAAUGCUUGUAAAUACUCAAGAAACGUAACAGAGCCAUACAACUGCUCUGUAUAUUGUUGAACAUACAUUAUGCUGUGAAGUUAUUAGAUGUUUCUUUCAUUCACUUUAUCCAUUUCUUACCUGUAUUUACGACUUUACGUCAUGCUGCCAAGCUAUUAAAUUUAUGAAAUUAUGCAGAAAACAGAGUCAUGAGAUGCCUCCUUUGAUUUGCUCAAGCAAACUAAAAUGUAUAUAUUAUGUCCUGAAACUA